AUGACGCCCAUCUUCCGCGCCGACCAGGUCGGCUCCCUCCUCCGCCCAGCCUCCCUCCUCGACAUCCGCACCAAGCACCAGGUCACAGACAGCUACGCAGCCAUCACGACCUCGGAAGAGGUAUCCCGCGCCACCUCGGACGCCGUGGCCGCCGCAGUGCGCCACCAGCUCGACCAGUCCAUCUACCCAGUCACGACAGGCGAGCUGGAGCGGUCCAUCUUCUACGGCGGCUUCUUCGAGACCCUCGAGGGCCUCACCACGCGGCCCGCCCUGCCCAUCCCCUCCGCCUUCCGGCGCAAUCUGCCCAGCGUCGCAAGGCUGCAAGAGGCAGGCGUCCAGACCCGCCCGGGGGUGGUGGCGACGGGGCCGAUCCGGUGGACGAGGCCGGCGUACGGCGACAGCUGGGCCCUGCUGAAGCGUUCCGUGCCGGACGAGUCGUACCUCCCGAAAUGCAAGAUCACCAUCCCCAGCCCGACAUACCAGCACAUGCAGCUCAGGCCGGGCACCGCGUACACGGCCGAGUCCGGAUACGCGAGCGACGAGGCCUACUUUGUGGACCUGGCGGCGGCGUACCGGGCGGAGCUGAAGAGCCUGUACGAUGCAGGGUGUCGCAACGUGCAGGUGGACGACCCGAACAUGACGUUCUUUGUCAUGGACUCGUUUCUGGCUGGGUGUCGUGAGGAGGGCGGUGCGGAGGCUGCGGACGAGCUGAUGGAGCAGUAUAUCCGUGUGCACAACGCCUGCAUCGCGGAGCGGCCCCGGGAUCUGCAUGUCGGUGUUCAUCUGUGCCGUGGCAACAUGUGGAGCGGUGUUGUGGAGGGCGGCAUAGGCGCUGGCUCGUACGAACGGAUUGCGGACAGGAUGUUGCGCGGGCUGGACUACGACUCGUUCUAUCUUGAGUAUGAUGAUGAGCGCUCGGGAGACUUUGCGCCGCUACGGUUCCUCCCCCGGGAUAAGAGGGUCGUUUUGGGCCUGGUGUCGACAAAGAGGGCUGCACUGGAAGAUCUUGAUCAUCUGGUGAAAAGGGUGCACGAGGCUGCGGGUGUCAUUGCGAAGGCGCAGGGCCGGACGGUGGAUGAAGUCCUGAGGGACAAUCUAGCCGUGAGCCCACAGUGUGGCUUUGCGAGCCAGAGCCAAGGCGGUGGUGUGGGCAUGACGGAGGCGAGGCAGUGGGAGAAGUUAGCUCUAGUGAGGGAUCUGGCUCGGAAGAUCUGGACAGAUGCUGCAUGA